AACGCGGUAGAAUCUAUUUAGCAAAGGGGGAGCGCAUUGAGGAUUAUAGUCACCGCUAAAAGGAAAUUGCCAUAUGUGAUGGUGUAAAUUAUAGCAGAAAAUAUAUUUUCCGACGCGCGCCCUCUCGUUUUUUUUUAAAUGAUCGUGGCAUUUUAUAUGUCUAUUCAGAGAAAAAUGUCUUUCGAGACCAAUUAAUGUCAUCCUCACCUGGAAUUACAAUGAGAAUGUAGGCAUGGUCAAUUAUUUUCCGGGAAUCACAAAGAUCCAACGUUGGUGAAUGGACAACUAAGACAACCGGUAAAGCUAUCUUUUGAACACUUUUUAAGAACAAAAUCUGAUUCAUUUUCUCCUCUUUGCAUAACUUCAAAGCUUGAAACGGAUAUCCACAACCUCAUUCGACUGGAUAGAUUAACAUGAUUCUCGCAAUUUAGGAUGGAAGUAAAUUAUUAAUUGAGUGCAGAUUUUCUCCUAUUCCUAAAACAAUUAUUUUGACCAUAAGACAUACAAUUUGGGUGUAAUUUGAAAGAGACGAGCGCAUACGCCUGUGAACUCCAAUCUAUGCGCUUUUAUUGUGAUGCAGCAUAGUGCAGGGCCAUUUUUGAUCAAUGCAUAUAUGCAUUAUUUUAUUGGCAUCAAUCUGCAACAAUUGAUGUGCGGCAAUAUUUGUUCCUAGUUUCAUUUCAAAUAAACAUGGUGACGGGUCUGACGGCCGCAUCUAAAUAAGGAUCAUCAUCGUAUUGCCAUUCUGAAUACAACCAGCGACACAUAGUGUCAAUUGAGAAAUAAAGAAAUAAAGAAGUCGAAGAAAUUUGAAAAGGGCAAAGAACAAAAAUAACCUCAAACCUGGAUUACAUCAUCAUCACUCUUGGCCAGGUGGAACAACUAGGGGGAUGUUCUACCCUGUCUUGGCCAGGUGGAACAACUAGGGGGAUGUUCUACCCUGUUUUUGAUCCAGAGGGUGUUUGCUAAUUACAACGGCCUUUCUACAUACCUUUUUUUCGUUUUCUUUCUUUUUGGGGGGGAUUUUGGACCUUCAUUUGCACAGACUGUUUUUCUUUGUUCCCUGUUUUGUUUUCAAGAGAGACCAAAACCAGUGCCAAACGAACUGCGCCAAGAAAAAAGCAAAAUAUCGACAACAACAAAGCUAUCAAAAAGUCACAUUUUUCAUUCAUACCUGAUUCAAUAUCAAAAUACACAUUUUUAAUUAGUCUCCCUAACACAUAAAAUAGACAUUUCAGAUCCCUAUUACAUCAAAAUAGCAUUGAAGCUCAUAGCAUACAUAAAUGCAAAACAUAUGAAUGAAAAAGUAGUUAGAACCACAUUGUGGAGAGUUAGCCUAAUGCCUGCAGAGAGGUGUUAAACGCACAUUCCUUUUCCGACGUCAGUGUUAAAAAAAAAGAAUCUGCUCCUAUAAUCUUUCAGAUUUGGAUGAAUAGUGCAUUACUGGUUCAAAGUGCUUUAUAACCAAAUCUUUAAUGGAUGGCCUGCAUUUGUUUGUAGUGCGUUAGCUGGAACAUGGUAAGCAGUGGUAACUUAGAAAUUUACUCGGGCUGUGACAGCUCGGCCCCAGAGCGAUCAAUCGAACUGGGCUUUGACUGACUGAUGGGCAACACAAGUCACAUAUAACAAGAUAAAUUGACCUUGCUGCUAUUUUGUCGCUCCUUUGCUUAUCCAUCGCUCCUCGAUUUUUUUUUACUUAUUUUCUGUCAGAAUCUCUCCAGCAUUCUCCCAUACAGCGCAUGUAGGCACGCCACAUUAAACAAUUUGAAAAGCCCCCCUUUUCCUUUUAACCCGAAUGAUAUUCAAACCCUUGUGUUCUCUUUUCUCAAAACAUGCAACACAGCCCCUGAGUGUAUUCAUGUUGUCUGUCAAAAGAGAUAAACUUGAACACUUACUAAAGAAACAAUUAAGCCAUAUUAUACCUGCCAUACUAUGACUAAACAUUUUGAACUAUCAUCUCACUAUGUUUAAUAUUUCUUUGUACUGACCACAUCUCAUAUAUUGACUUUCAACUAUGAUACAUUCAGGGAUACAGUGAAGAGAUUAUAUGAUACUAGGAUACCAUUUCCAUUUUAUUUAUAAGAAAAUAGCUUAUAAAGCUAUUCACAUUAGAUUGUUCUACGUUUCUUUCUUAGGUCACAAUUACUAUGUGUCUGUAGUCAUCAGCCCAGGUUAGGUUAGGCUGGAAAGUGACCAUUUCAUAGUGUACGUUUCCUCCACAUAUUCUGCAUUGAACGAAUGAAUCCAGACAUUUUCAUGUCUGUUCUGUGGGCAGAGCCGCGCUGUCCUGCCAGAACCGGGCCCAAGCCCACCUUCGUUCUAUUCUGUUGGGCCGAGUUAAACUCAGAGCAGAGACACUCACGCAAGGGGAUCAAACGCACAUAGAUCCUUAGCCCCAUUUCGUCUCUCCUUCCCUUUCUCACAUUUUCCUAAUUCAUCAAACAAUUGUUGUACGAUCUCCGGCUGCCUUUAUUCAUUUUGUCCAUCACUCACUGUGUUAUAUCUUAGUUUUCCUUUUCUCACUAAGUUAGGUGUGAAUUGUGUGGUCCCAGUCUGUCUCAACUAUAUAUGCUGCUUGGUACAAUUCUGCAGUACCCACUUUCACCGGACCUCCUGACAGGCCUUAGUGAUUGGUCCUUGUCUCAUAGUGCAAAACUUGUAGACUUUCAACCGCUGUAUUUGAGUCCGAAUUAAGAAUCUCAAAUCUCUCUGAAUAAUAUUUCCUCAAUUAACCACCCAACCUCUAUUUCCUUUCCCUAAAUAUUCUAAGAGUUUAUUUGUGAACAAAUAUAAAGUUCAGUGCAGAAGAAAUUUCCCUAGCAAGCUAAUACUGUUAAUAAACAGUGCCAGAUCUGUUCAAGCACAUUUAUUGAUAUGAUGAAUUACAGACACCUAAAGCUGCCAGCAAAAUGUUUACAAUUCACGCAAAGAGCUAGAAAUGGAUUUUGACUAAAGUGUCACAGAAAGGUUUGUGGGUCAAAUACCUACAACAGAUAACUGAUGUGCCAAUUCCAGUGAUAAUACGAUUAAGCGUAGGUGAAAAGUACUCAAAUAAAGGUUACAUGCAACGCUAAUGUUUACAGAGUACACCUUCCCUUCAAAGAGGAUUCGUUAGCUACAUUAUUCAUAACUUUGUACCAUAGGUCAGGUGAGUUCAAAAGACUCAGAAGGGUUUGAAACGUUUACACAUUGAUUUUGUUUACAAGACAAUACUGCCUAUCACAAAGAAAGACUUGCCAUUUUAGUGAGGUCUGCACAGUAGAGACCACACAAUUAUCAAGAAACUCCAAUCAUUUUUCUUACCAUUCCAUAAAACAACACUUGGUUGACUGGUGUUUACAAUCUAUACAUUUUCUAGCAUCCUUAUAAUUCUGUUUUGUUUUUGUGUGCUAAGUUGAAGUUGUCGAGACAAACUUCAAAUAGUCCUUUCACAAGUAUAGCCAUAAUAUAGGCCUAAAAAAACAUAGAAACAUAGAAAUAUAUAACCUCAGAGUUUACAUAAGCUGCUUACGAACAAUAAUAGAUUUGUAUUGAGAGCUUGAGAGAUAUGUUUACAUAAAUACAUACCACACAUAUUGCUUGAACAAACAAAAUAAUCACUCAACUAAGUGAAAACCUCCACAUUAUUGUAUGUAAUGUACAUGGAAGCACUAACAAAGGAUUAGUUUACCGUAUUUAAGUUGAAACCUUGAGUGUAAGCUUUUAAUAUUUUUACACUUAACACGUAAGUGAAAUUCAAAGAAGAAAGGAGAGGAGAACACUAUCCCUCUUGGAGGAGGACCUUCAUAUUUGAACUCUUGACGGGCCUUUUAUUUUUUGAAUUGGCUCAGAAACGCUGAAAAAUGAGUCCUAGAACCUAUAAAAAGAUGUUCAGCACCUCCCUCAUAUUUUUCCUUGUGUCCGGCCUCGUCCUUUCCGCCGUGACCAUCACCACAGAGCGCCGCUCAUCCAACGGCGGCCCCAGCGGCACCACCCUGUUCCUCCUCACCGGUUUUGGGAACAAACCGAUGCCGCCGCCCCCGGGGGGGCCAAAGGUGGCGCCUAAAGCGGCUGAAAUGGAGGACGCUCAGGACAGUGAGCCGAAAGUACCUGAAACGCUCCCAAAGCCCCUCCCCCAAAUCAAGCUCCCUCAGAACAUGACGGCAGCUGACGCCCUCAAACCUCCGCUGGGGGCCGCCCAGGUAGCGCCACCUCCCCGGCGCCUGGUGGAUGUGGACGUGUGCCGGGCCUACUACGACGUCAUGGGCCAGUUGGACAACACUUUCAACUGCUCCAAGGGGACCUACAUCUACUGCUGCGGCACCUGCCACUACCGCUACUGUUGUGACCACCAGCGUAGCCGCCUGGACCAGGAGUCAUGUAAAAACUACAUCUCGCCCGGGUGGCUCGACACACCGCAGACGAACCCCCCGCUGUCGGGGAACCGGGGUGACCCAGACUCAGAGCAGCUGCAGCAGCAGAGCAACAGCACGGCGUACGUGAUUGGCGGGGUGAUCUCCUUUACCCUAGUGGUGGCAGUGGGCGUCAAGGUGGCCUUCCACAAGAUAUCCCGACGACCCCGGAACAGAGACAUCAACAUGCCCAGAGCCCUGGUGGACAUCCUACGGAGCCAGGCCAGCCCAGUCCAACAGGGGGAGAGGAACAACAGCACCGUCCUUACCACCGCCACCACCGGCGACAUCCUCGGUCGUCCCCCCAAGAACCUCUACACCCCGGUGCUCCAGAGCAAAGACAACCGCAUUGGCAACUUGCACCACAAUUUUAUCCAGGUGUCUGGUUCCAGUCCCAAACACUCGGCCACUAUGGAGCGCGUGCCCCGCAUGAACAACGCCCAGCUAGCCUCCACGGGGACCCUCCUCACCAGCAAGCACAACAACAGCUCCGGCCUGCACUUGCACCCACAGCCCCCUUUCUCGCACUCCUUCCACAACCUGGCCCAGCUACCCCCCUCCUACGAGGCGGCCAUGAAACCUGAGAUCAACCGCUACAGCUCCCUGAAGAAGCUCGAGAAGGAUCUGGACGACUACUCUGGCUACUACACAUCAAAGCGACGGCCUAACAACGCCCCUCCGUCAUUCCACUCCUCCCAGCACCACCUCCACUGGGGCGGUGACUACACCCUCGGAGCCAGGGGCACCCUCCCCUUCCACUCCUCCCGGCCACGGAUUCACGUGCCCACAUCCACCCCCAACCCCUACCCUCUGCCAGCCCAGUCGUUGGGGUACCAGCCUGCCUUCGACAAGCCCCCGCGGAGGGUCAUGUCCCAGGACCAGCUCCUGGCGCUUGGUGAGGGCAACACCCUCUCCAGACUCUCCAAGAACCAGCAGCAUCAGUACUACAAGGCUAUGACCACCAGCAAGAGCUCCACCUCACAGACGCUUCGCAAGUCCCACGAGAGACUCCUAGUCUCUCCCGACCGUCUGGAGGAGAGGAUGGUGGGCAUGGGCAUGCCAGGGUUGGGCGGUAUGGUGGGUAUGGGGGGCAUGGGUGACUUUGGGGGGAUGGGGGUUCCGACCAUGGGAUGCCUCAGCCACAAAGCCCAAUCACAGCAGAACGUCUGCGUCACACCCUCGCUGGACCGACAUCACAUGAUCAAGAUGAACUCCCACCCCACAUCGGGCCACGAACUGGAGAUGAGCGUGGUGGGCCAUCCGGCAGGAAGCUGGGGGGACCCUCAUGGGCACGGAUCAGGGGCCGGGGUAGGACCAGGGAGCGGUGCGGGGACCAUCGGGGGCCACAAUGCACGGAGGAUGGCAUUCGCCACCAAGAGGCAGAACACCAUAGAACAGCUCCAAUACAUCCCUGGGGGAGGAGGAGGAGGAGGAGGAGGGGGAGGGGGAGGGGGAGGGGGCCAGACAUUGAGAACGGCUAGUAAGAACGAGGUGACCGUGUGAGAGAGUAGAGACAACGUAGAAGGAGUGAUGAAGGUCGCGUUGAGAAUGUUCGAGCUGAAAGUGUUCACACAGAAAGAAGAGAAGAAGGAAAGGUCAAUUGGGGGCAUGAUGGAGAGAAAGGUGAAUAGAAGGAGAAACAAGAAGAGAGACAUGGGCAAGCUGAUGAGAGAGAGAAGGAUAGUGCGUCCCAUCAACCGCCUCAGAUGAGUGUGUUGAAGGCCAGAGAAGGAAAGACGUGAGAGAAGAGUGGAUGCCAUUGUUACCUGUUGCUAGGAAACACAGAAAAGGGCAAUGAUAGAAAGAACCAUUGAGAAAAAUUGAAUUAUUAGAGAGAAUUUUGAAUGAAGCCCAUUGAUUUGAUUCUUGGGAAAGAGAAUAUUCAGCCAUAUUGUUGAGGAGGGAGAAAGAAUAAGGGCCAUGUAUAGAGCAAAAAAUGAACAAUUUCAAAAAGUUUUUUGUGCAAAUGAAAAAGGAUCCUAGGACAUGAUGACUUUUACUUGUGGAUCCUGCUUGGGUCAAAAUUAUUAAAUGGUUAUUGAGUUUCUUGUCGUGAAGCCUCUAGCUGCUCUGACAGAGAACAAACCUGUCUUUUGAAUCUGAACAGACACAGAUGUCAAUGGAGUACAGAACAAUGUGAUGUUUGUUUGACUUUUGUAAAAAAAUACAAGACUGUAAAUUGUUUCGUUUUUUGUAAAAGAAUAAAGCCCCGUUGGACAGUAUGUAUAUUCUGUGUGUAUAUGCUAUAGCCUGAUGACUGAAUGACAGUAUGUAUAUUCUGUGUGUAUAUGCUAUAGCCUGAUGACUGAAUGGCUGACACUUAGUGGACAUUUGAGUCGCCAAUCGUCACUUUCCUCAUUUUUGAUUGGAAGACUUGAAAAUAGACAGAUUUGGAGUACUGUUGCUAGAUACCACAAUCUAACACUACAGCCAUAACUUAGUCUGCAGACAUUUUGUAUAAGGUCAUGUAUAAGUUAAUCUCUUGAUUAUGGCUGGAUUUUCUCAGUUAUUAUUAUAAUGAUUUGACACAAACAUCACUUUGCUGAAUCACCUUUGCACCCUCGCCUGAUUGGCUGGCUGGUUGAUGUGACGGCUGUCACUCCCAAAGAGACAUACGUCACUCAUGAGCAUUUCCACGACAAUGGUCCGACCCUUCACAGCUCUGAGGUCAGUUUCCAAACUGUGGAGCUGAUUCCAGUUACAUUUAUAGUCACACAGAAAUUCUUUGACACUGUUAUUCAACAUACAAUGUCAGUCAUUGUUUUUAAGGAGAUAAAGACCACCUGAAAGAAAAAAAGAUGACAAAACUGUUGACCACAUAAGAUGAGAAUGAAAGCUCAGUGAAGUUGUGUUAAAUUCGAGGGACACUGCCAUACAGAGUGGCUAAUGCAAAGGCUUUGUUUAGCCAUACUUGCCCAUGGGUCUGCCCCUUAAAACAAUCCCCAAAACCAGUCAAGCUCCUGCUCCAUUGAUGAUACUUUCAGAGCUGUUUACCACAGAUUGUGAGGUAAUAAAUUGAUUUGUCAGUAGUUAAUAUACACUACUCACAGUCUUCUCUGAAUUCCACAUAUUAUUACUGUUUCUAAAACUCCAGCUGUUCACAAUAUUUGGAGACAGGUUGGAAAGGUGGAACAGGGAACAAUGGACGCUUAACACCAAGGGCUAUUCUGAAAACUCUUUGUGUGUUUGUGGUCUGUACUUUGUUGGCUUUUUAAUUUGUCUGUGUCAAUAUUGGAGACAGUUUGUGCAACACUGCAGAAAUUCCAGACACAUUUUGUAAGUGUGAAGAAAACAGUCAAUUCUGCAAAGCUACUUUGUGCCCUUGUGAGGUUGACAUUGAGUGUGACAAAAAGCCAAUCAUACCAUAGUUUUUUUUACAUUGCAGGGGUGGAGGUGGACAUGUCAUAUUCUUGUACAUUUGCAAAAGUAACAUUUUUAUUUUUGUGUGUGUUUCACAGUUAUCUGGUUAUAAGAUGGAAGAUGUGGUUGUUACUGUCCAUUUUUAAAAGGGUUGGUCUCUCCACUUUGAUUGAAAGGAUAAGGAGACCAUUGUAUUUACUUCAAAUCUUUGCAUAGUAUUUCGGCUCUCCCCUUUAACUGUGAAUGGAUAAAGACAAAAAUUGAUUGAUGGAACUUUCAGACAACGUUUUUAAAACUAUGAUAUGUGUUUGUGUGUUUAUAGUCAUGAUUAUGUUUACAAUAGAUUUACUCGUAUUAUUAUUAUCAACAUGAUUAUUAGUUACCCCUAUUGAUUUUUUUUAUUCUCUGUGAAGUUCAAUGUUUCCUGGAUUUUGAAUAUUGAACUUCCUAGUGGAUAUUAACCUUUGUAUUCUUGACGGAAAAAACCCCAGAUGCAAUCAAAGUAAAAAGACAAACCCGCAUGAAGAUGUCAAAGCCAGUGUUGAUGAUGUCAUAGUGCUGACUUAUGAUGUCAUGGCGUGUAUGUCUAAUGUACAUACAUUUAUGUAAUGUACAUGCGUCUGUAUUUGCUGUGUGUGUAAAUGGAAUAUUACAAGUAAGACAAUUGUGUUUUUCAAAAAAUCCACAAACUAUUUAAAACCCAAGGCUAUGAUCUUAUUAUUCAUAUUGGCUUUUUGGAUUCAAAAGCCUAAUAUCACAAAGGACAUGCAUCACAGCUUUCCUUGUUAAGCUACAUUCACCAAAGCAAAUAUAACAAAAAAAAUGUUUCUCAAAUUUCAAGUUGUAGAGCAAAAGCUAUAAAAUUACAUUGUUAACAUUUUUGGUAAAAAUUUGUGCAUUUCGUUAUAAGAUUACAUUUAUGUAACCGGAAUGUCACUCUUUUCAAGAACUUUACUCUUUAUUGUAAAGAAUGGGGAUUUUGCUAGAAUAGUUUGGAGAAUGUAUUGUGGCUUGCCUUGUUGUUUGACAUGAUUUUGGAUAACCAGUUAUAGGACUAGAAUGGCCCAAUGAUUUUUACAGAGAGGAAAUGUCAGAUUCCAUAACUAGAAUCUUGUUAAACCAAAAUGAAGAAAGGCUAAAUAUAUUUAUGUCACACGAAGAUUCAGUUAUAUUUUCAAUGUAUGUUUUUAUUGUACAUUUGGAGGUAUACUGAUGUUGUGAUUAUGUUUUAGUUGAGUACGUCCUCAUUAAUCUGUGUGCCUGUAAAUGUACUGUUGAUUAAUGUGUGCGUGUGCGUGUGCGUGUGCGUGUGUGUGUGUGUGUGUGUGUGUGAGGUAAGAGGGAGGUUGUGGUAUAAAAUAUUUGUUUUUGUGUGUGGCUCGUGGGGCGACAGUUAGUGGCGUGGGGUUUUUUAGAUGGAAGGAGGUGUGAGUAAGCACGAGACAGCUUCAUUGGCCCCUAAUUGUAUUGCGGGGUGAGGAGGAGGCGGGGCUGCAUUGUAUCCCCCAAGUAAUUUGGCAUACCUCAGAAAAAUGUAUAGGGAUUCAUCUAAUACAUAAUCCCCAUGUCUGUUUCUAAGAAUAUUAAGUGAAGCUCUUACAAGCGUGCAACCCUUAUUUUGGUUAUUGGUCAAUUCUCGCAUUUGUAGAAUCGUACUGUUCAAUUGUUAAUAACAAUAAAAAAAUAUCCACAAUGA